GCGAGAGGGAGGGAGAGAGAGUGAGUGCGAGCGAGCGAGCGAGCGAGUGACAGCUCCGGGCAGCCUGCCUGAGGAUGCACUGGCAAAAAUCAUCAAAAGAGAGGUCCCAGUCCAACCUUCUCCCCACAGUGAGGGAGCUCCUGGAAGCAAAGAGAAGAAGCAGCAAUGGAGGGAGCCCCAUGCAGGCACCAUCGAAAGCCUCGUCUCAUCAGCAAGACAACUUCAGUUUUCCGAACCCGGGAGGAAAUCUCGGCCCCGUCUUCCCAGCAUACCCCUCUUGGCACGUCGACGCGGCCCAGUCCACGCUGUCGCAAGAAAACUCAGCGUGUGUGAUGCCUGAGGAGGUUCUCCCCAGAGAGGGGCCGAACCCGGUGGGGGUGUAUGAUCCCUACGUGUUCACUACACCCGGCAGUGACACUAUUGCAGCAUACCAAGAACAGCCGGCUCCUUACACGCCCCUGAUUCCGGGACCUAACCUGCUACCACUUGAGCCCCCGUGUCCGGUCUUGCCGCAUUGGGUGGGAUCAGGGGCCUGCGCCCAGCAGGACGACCCUACUCCAGUCCCCUACCUCCCCUCGGGACUGACGGCGGGGCAUUCCACCUUUCCACCCCAGCCCCUGGGCGGACCCCAGCUGGAGGAAGCUCGCAGGACGGUCCAGCGGAUGCAGGUGUCUGAGCUGCUGCAACCCGACCACGACGGAGACACGGUCCUGCACAUCUACGCAGCCAAGGGGAUGCGGGAGUUUGCUUUUGCCACCGCUGAGAGGGUAUGCAGACUCAAGGGCCUGGAGGUGCGGGAGCACAAGGGCAAGACACCACUGCUGGUGGCUGUGACAGCAAACCAGCCCCAGAUCGUGUACGACCUGAUUGAGCUGGGAGCUGAUGUCCGAGCUACAGACCUGAAAGGGCAAACCGUCCUCCAUCUCGCCGCCACGGAGGGCUAUCCGCAGAUUCUGCAGGCUGUCCAGUGGACCGGGGUACAAGUUAAUAUUGAGGCUCGAAACUACGAAGGGUUUACGCCUCUGCACUGUGCUGUCAAAGCCCACAGCUGCAGCAGCAUUAGGAAGGAGUGGGAUAUCCGGAGGUUCGGAAGGGAGACAUGCAGGGGUCUCCAAAACCUUGCUCAGGACAUCCUGCAGUGCAUCAUUCACCUGCUGAAUAUGGGGGCAUCCAUCUUCUCCCAGGACGUGAAGAGCAGCAUGAGCAUCCUCCACCAGGCCGUGCAGGACGGGAACGUCUCCCUGGUUCAGUUCAUUCUGCAGCUGCCCAACCCUCGGCUCCAGGAGUUCGUCAACCUGAAGGCCCAUGGGAACACCGCACUGCACAUGGCUGCCGGACUGCAUGGAGACCGGAACCAAGAGCAGAUCAUCCGACUGCUGCUGGACUGUGGGGCCGAUCCCAGCAUCCGGAACUUGGAGAAUGAGCAGCCGGGUCACCUCCUGCCCAACAGCCCUCAUGGCGAGCAGAUAGAGAGAGACGAAGACUGCUUGGAGAUGGUGCUAUGAUUAUUCGGCAGGUUGUUGAUACUUUCUCCAAGGACAUUGCCUGCUUGUACAUUCUUACACAGACAGAGAAGGGAGGAGUUAUUUGAGAGACAGUUGGUACUCAGUAUGGUGAGAUAAAUCGAAGGUCAGAGGAUAGACCUGCAACACAUGAUUUUGGACACUGAAGGAGCUUUGAUGGGCCCACAGAAAAAGUGGGUUUUGAAGGAUCGAUCAGGUGGAUCAAUCAGUGGCUCUCACAGUGUGGACAGGGUGUGACCGGUGGGGAGUUAUUCGUGUGUCCCACCCUCGCCUGGGUUGAUAGCUCCACCACAGAAGAACGGUCCCCUUUGUUGUGGUCACAGUUGGUGACUUUUAAAGGAUUACGGAGGACAACGGGAAGAUCGACGGCGUCAGCUCAUCUGAAGACUCAGAUCUCUCUCUCUGUCCAUCACUUCUC